AUGCAGUUUUCAUACCUGGCCGCCUCUCUCUUUGCAGCUGUUGCAGCUGCCCAGUCGAACUCGACCAACUCGACCGACCUCGCCAGCCUCGUCGCUCAGCUUCCCACUUGCGCCCUCGACUGCUUGGAAAGUGGCGCCACUGCUGCCAAUUGCACAAUCACCGACUUUAGCUGCAUCUGCGGCGACGGCAAGGCCCAGUUCAUCAACAGCGCUGGUCUCUGUGUCGUAACGAGCUCUUGCUCCUCUGAAGAGAAGAGCAAUGUCACUUCUCUUGCUGGCAGCAUCUGCGCAGACGUGAACAACGGCGCAUCCGACAGCGAACUUGCCUCUGCAUCCGCCGUCGCUACAUCCAUCCUCGCCACGGCCACCUCGGAGGGUCUCGCCGCCCCUGCUACACAAAUGGCAGGCAUGGGUGUCUUGGGCAUGGCGGCCUUUGCUGCCUACGCCCUGUAA